UCAAUUCUUCAAGAAAAUAUGUCGUUUUUACGUCAGAAGAUUUGCUUAAUGUCAUUGAUUGAAGCAGUAUUCAAAAGAAGUUCAGAUAAUAGGACAAUUCCCUUCGCAAAUAUUUCGGAAGAAACCCAAUUGCCAAUUGACGAGGUGGAAUAUCUUGUAAUGAAGGCACUUUCCCUUAAAUUGAUUCGUGGGUCAAUUGAUCAAGUUGGUGAAGUAGUAGUUGUAACGUGGGUUCAACCGCGUGUUUUAGAUAAAGAUCAAAUUGAUAAUAUGAGACAGAGGUUACAAGAGUGGGAUGAAAACGUAAAAAAGACUGCUAUAUUUGUAGAGAAUGAAACCCCUGAAUUAUUUGUUCAUCUUCACCCCGAAGUACUUUGGGCACAACGCCAAAAUGAGAUUUAUGUUACUAUAAAUUUAGUUGAUAUUAAGGAUCCUAAAAUCGAUGUGACCAAAGAUAAAAUUUCUUUUGAAGGAACCGGAGGUACAGAACAGAAACUGUAUCAGUUUGAGCUAAACUUAUAUAAGGAAAUUAAUCCAGAGGCUUCAAAGCGCUCGCAGACUGCACGUAGUAUUAUCAUUGUUCUUGAUAAAGCUGAACAUGGACAAAAAUAUUGGCCACGUUUACAAAAGGAACAAGACUACCCUGAGUUAGAAAAUGCUAAUGACACUGCAAAGACAGACGAACCAAAUGAAGAAUCUAACAAGGGGGCUGCUCAAGAAGAAGAGCCUAGCAAGGAAGCAGCAAAGGAUUAA